AUGAUUAACUCUAACAAAGAUGAAUUUCUCACCUUUGGAACAUGUACCACUGUCCGUGGAGAGCACACGGAGCACCAAGCUCCUCUAUCUAGUGGGCAUAUUGGACAGACAAUAACGUUAAAUGUAGAGGAAAAAGAUGACUCGGAUCUCAUUGAACCGGUUGCGAUGGCUGCUGUCGAGGUUGCCCAAAAGGCUGCGGAAAACCAGGCCCUUUAUGAAAGUGAAAUGAACGCAAUGCGAACUCGUAUGAAGGCGCUCGAAUCAGAAGCGCGUCAAGUCCCAACACUACGUCGAUUCGUUGACAACUUGCACGAGGAGAACGAGCGUCUCCGUCGCAUCACAGAGGAUACCAUUGAUUGCAGGAUUGAAGAGCCCAAAGAAGAUGAGAUUGAGGAGAUAAUCGAAGAAGAGGUUAAGACUGUGAAGCGUAGGCCACCUCCAACUACUCCAAAAUCCCAUACUCCUGCGCCAUUUAUUGAAACAUUGGAAAAAUCUGUACAACAAGAGAUGCCUACAUGCAAAACUCAGGGCGUAGGAGAUGGUGAUAUAGUUCGACACCAUGUAAUCGACGUGUUAACUCCAAAAAUCGAGUCCUACCACUUCCCGCCAGAAUACUGGUCUCGCCUCGAAUCCGAGUUUACUCGUGAUUUCUUGAAUCGUCGUCCGCUCCGACGAGAUAGCAGCGUGCAUCCAAUGGAGAUUCGUCGACUGGACGCUUCUACCAUGGCUGUACCACCACCAGCUCCACUUCAGCGCUGCUUCGGAAUGAGCGUGCGUCCAGUAGCCCGAGACGUGGGCAUCAAUUGUGUCCAAGUGGUGAAUUACCGUGACAUCGGCUGUCUUGCUGAGGAAUCAGAUGAAGAUAUAAGUCUCUGGUUGCAUCAGCGGACGCUUGCUUGUUCACCACAACAACAAAAACUCAUACACGAUCUGGUAUUUGCAUACAAACAUGAUAGAGAAAAAUUCGUCCAGCAAUUAAUCCAUAUCCUGGCCAAAAAUGUUCUUUCUGUUGGAGUUGACGCCUAUCCUUUAAUAGCACACGCUGCCACUAGCACGGGUUCAGAAUUCCUGCAUUCUGUUGGUGUAAGCGAUGAUACC